GCCUCCGCAAAUGUGUAAACGCAAUAAAAGCCUUGUCUGUUCGUCACAAUUUCGUGUGUAACCGCCGCUCAGCGAGUCGGAAUUGUUCGGCAUAUGGAUUUCGUGACCCAGUGUUUCUCUUAUUGAAGCCAUAGGACGCGAUGGUGCGGGGAGCAGAGAAAGUUAGAUUCCCCACCGGGGGGCCACCGCCGACGAAGAGCGGCAUGGAGUAUGUCAACAUCGGCCUUGAGGAUCAGAUGGAGAUUAGGGGCUACACGCCGACCACCUGGAAGACAACGGUGACGUGGAUCUGCAUCGUGCUGACCGCCGGAUUACUGCGGGUCGUGUUCCACUGGAAACCGGAGUGGAUGCUCUCCUGCACGCACUCACGAAGCUCCCUGGCAACGGCCGUCAAGUUGCUGCUCAAGGAUCAGUACGAACAGUGGUUCGUCGAGAAAGUAAAUGUCCAUCGGGCCGAAGAAGUGAGACGUGCAAUAUACGGUGACAAUGAGAUAGCCGUGGAAGUUCAGAGCAUUCUCAAGCUUCUGUUUCUAGAGACGCAGAACAACCAGUCUCCGGGUGUGAUCGCAAUCCGCGCGCUUGAUCUCAUCACAAUCACCGUGCCUCCCGUGCUGCCUGCCGCCAUGACGAUAGGUAUCAUCUACGCACAGCGACGGCUCAAGCUCGCUAACAUCUACUGCAUCAGUCCGCGCACGAUCAACCUGUGCGGCAGCAUCAACGUCGUCUGCUUCGAUAAGACGGGAACGUUGACGGAGGACGGGAUCGACAUGCACGGCGUUGUUCCUACAGAGAACAACGUCUUUCAGGACGUCGAGCCGGACGUUCAGCAGCUGCCACAGUGUCCGACACUGUGGGCGAUCGCCUCCUGCCACUCCCUUUCGCUCAUUGACGGACAGCUGAAGGGUGAUCCGCUCGACAUGAAGCUGUUCUUCUCGACCGAGUGGGAGUUCAUUGAACCGGGACCAAAAGUUCAAGGUCAUCAGAUUCCGACUCUUGUCAGGAGUCAAACAUCAACGGCAGCGUCGGCUGGUUCCGAACACGAGGAGAGCAUCGUGGAGCUCGGCGUCCUGCGACAAUACGUGUUCGUCUCGAGUCUACAGCGCAUGAGCGUCGUCGCUUACAACUUCCGCAACGACAUGUUCGAAUGCUAUGUAAAGGGAUCGCCGGAGAAGCUGGUCACGCUGUCAAGACCGGAGACCGUGCCGGCCGACUUCCAGGAGGUGCUGCGGGAGUAUGCCCCACAGCAAGGAUACAGGAUGCUAGCCCUCGCCUAUAAGAGAAUGCCUGACAUGCAGUGGGACAAAGUGAAAAACAUCCACAGAGAGGACGUCGAAUGCGACCUGGAGUUUCUCGGGCUCGUAGCGCUGGAGAACCGACUGAAGCCUCAAACCACGCCUGUCAUAUCUCAGCUACGGCAGGCUAACAUCCGCACAGUCAUGAUAACGGGUGAUAAUACGCUGACUGCACUCAGCGUAGCGCGCCACUGCGGCAUGAUCUUGAAGUCUCAGAAGGCGAUCAUGGUGUCGGUCGAUGCGACACAGCUGGUACCUGGCACGAAGGCGCCAUUGCUGCGAUACAAGUACGUCAACUUCAAGGACCCGGAUGAGCACGAGGGGAGCGAGCUGGACACCGUCGCCUCGGAAAACGACUCGACCGCAGUACACGUACAACUACAGGAUGAAAAUGAGGCGUACCGCUUUGCCGUUGACGGCAAAACAUUUGACGUCAUCAGAUACAGUUAUCCCGACUUGCUGCCCCGUAUUUUAGUGAGGGGAACGGUUUUCUCUCGGAUGUCUCCUGACCAGAAGGCAGUCGUCGUUGAGGUGCUGCAGAAGCUUGGUUACUUCGUGGGCAUGUGUGGUGACGGUGCCAACGACUGCGGG